AUGUUGGACUACAGGGCCAGAUAUAUUGCUGUAAGACCAGACAGUCCUGAGGUGACUACAGUGUCUGAUGACACUGAGAUAGAUUACAAUGAUCUGGAGUAUUUCUUGAAAACCAGUGCAGACACAAAUGACAAAGAGAGGGAAGAGAAUGCUCUUGUACAUCCAAUGGACGUUCAGAUGGCAGUAUUUCACUGUUCAGACAGCUUCCUGAAACAGAUGAUGAUUACAAAGCUCUCUCAGUGUCAGUAUGCCUUACCUUUGCUUGUUCCUGAUCCAGUUACAAUGGAGAUCGAGUGUCCUCUGUGGACUUUCAGAGAAAUAACAAAAACCUGGAAGGUAACUCAAAUCAAAGAUGGCUCAACAAUCAUCACCAUGAAGAGUGUUCCAGUCUACAAAGCUGAAACACCCUUGGUGUCAUUUUUCCGCCUGGGUUCUUUGUCAGUGUCUAAAUCUCAGCUGAUGAAUAAUUUGAUCAACGACCGUCACGACACCUUCUUCCACAGAAACUUUAAAGGAAACAGCCAGUCUUGCUGUUUGAUGGAUGGUGUGGCAGAGAUUGCCUGGUACUGCCCUGCUGGAAAACCCAAUGAUGCCUUCAAUGACUGCAUUGCCUUUUGUAAUCUUCAUGGUGAUGCUCUGUUGACGGAAAGACAGCGUGACAUACUGAUUCAAAAAUCCUCCAUCAAUAUUUUUGUUUUUGAAUCUCUGCCAUGCAAUGAAGAAAGUCGAUCACUUAUUUCUUCUCAUUUUAAGUCUCAUAAACCUCUCAUUUGUUUAACUGUUGAUGACAGUCGUGAUGUUGUCAAGAUAAAAAAUGGGAAGUACACAAUAGGCCUUAAAGCUAAAAACCACUCAGAUGUAUCUGAACAGCUAAAAAAGAUCAUCAGAGAAGUUUUGUCUUCUCUCGAUGGUCCCAUCUUGAAACCAUCCUUCCAGCUUGAAACCAUGGCUGAGCUCUCUGGAAUCAGAGUGGAUGAAACUGACCCAGCCUGUCAAAGAGGGAAAUCUGCUGCUAUGGAAAUAAUCAAUCUGCUUAAAAAGGAUAACAUGGAUGUCUCAAAGAUCAAAGAUGAAUUUCUUCCUUGUCAAGGCAAACUGUGGCAUCAGUGGAGCAAAAUACACAGAGAACUGUUUCACCUCAGAGGAGACAUUGAAAUGGAGAAAAGUAUAAAGCAACAAGAACUGAUGAACAUACGUCAGAAACAAUGUGCUGCUUCCUGCAGUAAACUGAUGGAGUUGUUCACUGGAAGUCUCUCAUCAUUGCCACCAACAGACAGAGAGUAUUUCCUAAAAUGGACUCAGAUCUUCAUAGAUGACCUCUCCACUGAUGGUCUUUCUUCAAUUCUACAAAGUUAUGAUGAAAAGUGGUCUGAGGUCUUGGCUUUGAAGAACAAACAUGACAAAGCAGAUCUGUUAUUAAAAACACAAACUGAGCUUGAUGACAUAUCAAAAAAACUUCAGUCUGCAACUUUUCGUUUGGAGCACAUCUUCAGAGAAAUGGGACAGAUCUAUGAAGCCCAUAAAACAACACACAGAGAGAGCAGACACACUGACUGGUCUAAAUACCCUGAGCUGGCUGCACAGCUGAUGAUAUCAGGACACCCGAUGGAGCUGAUGGAUGGUGAUGUAGGUCAUGUGCCUUUAACAUGGAUCUCCAGUCUUUUAGAAGAAGUCAUCAAGAAACUGGGGGACCAGAGAGUUUUUGUGUUGUCAGUUUUGGGCCUACAAAGCAGUGGAAAAUCAACAAUGCUGAACACCAUGUUUGGGCUGCAGUUUGCAGUGAGUGCUGGCAGGUGCACCAAAGGUGCCUUCAUGCAGCUGCUCAAAGUAUCAGAGGAGAUGAAGAAAGACUUGAAGUUUGACUAUGUUCUAGUGGUGGACACUGAAGGACUGCGUGCUCAUGAGGUAGAAGGUAACAACACUCUUCAUCAUGACAAUGAACUGGCAACAUUUGUUGUUGGUCUGGGAAACCUGACACUGAUCAACAUCUUUGGAGAGAAUCCUUCUGAUAUGCAGGACAUUCUGCAGAUUGUUGUUCAGGCUUUCAUGAGGAUGAAGGAAAUUAAACUUUCUCCCAGUUGUGUGUUUGUUCACCAGAAUGUCACAGAUGUUGCAGCAGCAGAGAGAAACAUGGAUGGAAAGAGACGCCUGCAGGAAAAACUGGACCAGAUGGCCAAACUAGCAGCUGAAGAGGAAGUUUGUGAUGCAGAGUGCUUCAGUGAUGUCAUUGAAUUUGAUGUUCAGAAAGAUGUGAAAUACUGUGCCCAGCUGUGGGAGGGCAGUCCACCCAUGGCUCCUCCAAAUCCAGGUUACAGUGAGAGCAUCCAGGAAGUGAAGAACACCAUCCUCUCUAAAGCUGCAAAGUCUGCUGGGAUCACUCUCUCACAGUUCAAAACAAACAUCCAGGACCUGUGGACUGCACUGCUGACUGAAAGUUUUGUUUUCAGUUUUAAAAACACACUUGAAAUUGCAGUGUACAGAAAACUGGAAGUCCAGUAUGGGAGCUGGACCUGGACCCUGAGAAGCAACAUGUUGACCAUUGAAAACCAACUUCAUAACAGAAUUGAAAAUGGAAAACUUGAUGAGGUUGAACAAUCUUAUAUUUUUAAAGAAACAAGGAAAGCAUAUGAAGAAGUCAUAAAAGAAAUGACAAAGUACUUUGAGGAUGACAAAGACAGAGAGAUCUUGACGCAGUGGAGAGGACGAUUUGAAAUCAAAAUUAAAGAGUUUCAUGAUGAACAGGUGAACAAAGUGAAAAGAAAACUGGAUGGAGUUAUCCAACAGAGGAAAGCUCGUAAAAUCAUUGAUGAUAAGAAAUUAGAGUUUGAGAACAAACUGCUACAGAAGAGCAAAGAGCUCGCUCAGAAACUGAAGGAUAAAGCCAAAGAUGAAGAAGAGCUUCAACGACAGUUCAGCUCUUUUUGGAGUGGCUGGGUUACUGAAUUAACAGCAGAUAUAAAACCUGCUGAAGAAAUUAACUUGGAAAAAGAUCAGUUUAUAAUCCUAAAAGAACUUGGUUUUGAGCCAGCUCUCAUAGAUAAAUGUAAAAGAAGUGGCAGAUACAAGAAAAUAUUAACGCUUGGUGAUUAUUGGGAUUAUAUCAUUACAAGUGGACAAAAAUAUCUCAGAACAUUAGCUAAUAUUUAUCAAAAAUACACAUCACUUGGUGCUUUCUCUUAUGAAGAGCAACAACAGAUCCGUUGGCUCAUUAGCAAGGCUGAAAAAGACUCACUUGAUGCAAUCAAAAGCAAACCUGUAGUUACAAGAGGCUACUCAACAACUUAUUUGCGUGAAAUGGCCAAUCACGUAAAAAUAGAAUUGCAGAAAUUUCAGUCAGAGAAGAAAUACACCUUGAGGAAAGAAUUUAGAGUUGAUCUCUUGCUGUAUGUGUUCUACAGAGCAGAAAGUUGGCUUGAGGAGUCACACAAGAAAUCUAAAAUGAAUAAUGAUCCACUCACUUAUUUAGAAAGCAAGAAAACACAGUAUUACACAACUUUUAGAAGCUUUUGUAAAGAAAACUCAUCUGCUGUUGUACUUGGAGAACUGAUCUGUGAGAAGCUGAAAGCGUCCACUCUUGAGGCUGUCUGUAACAAGACUGCCAUUGAUCUCGCUGGAAAGAUGAGGUGUAAUUUCCCAGCAUUCAAUGGGAACAGACUGAACUUGGAGAAACAUAUGUUGAAGUCGCUCGCUGAGAAAGAAGACUUUGACGAUUUCAUCCUGUACAUCACAAAUCCAAGGAGACAAACAGAAGCUUUCAUCAAAACAGAGGUUGAGAAGUACAUCUUCAAAGAUCACACAGAUGUAGCUGUGAAUGUACUCAAGAAAAAUGUUGAUGACAUCAAAACAACCUUGAGUCAGGCUUUAUUUACUGCAACACAAAAGGUCAAAAAUCAGAGAGGAAACACAGACAUGUGGAUGAAGGAAUUUUCUAAUGUCCUAAAGCAUGAGCUGAAAUUUGACAACAUUUGUUUUGAAAACUUCAGUGACAUAAAUGAUUUGUAUUUCCUCAAUGAAGAGAUUAAAAAAGGAGUUAUAUCCAUCACUGAGCAGAUGAGCAGCCUCUCCCUGGAUAAGCUGAAGGAAUUCAGACUGAGGGCUGAUGAAAUCCUCAUAGAUCAGCUUUGUAACUGCUGCUGGGUAAAGUGUCCAUUCUGUGCAGCUGUUUGUACCAACACCAUGAAAGAUCACGGUCCUUAUGACCACAGCACUCCUUUUCAUCGUCCCUCCGUGAUCAGUGAGGAGCACUGGAGACAUACAGGCGAGUUUGGCAUGCACUUCUGUGCAGAACUGGUUUCAAGUAAUUACUGGUUUUACCCUCAUCAUUACUCAGGGAAGUCCAUUCCGUGUAAACAGUACAAAAGUGCUGGCUCACAGUAUUGUACCUGGAGAAUCACCCCUAAUGGAUCUAAUCUGGCAUACUGGAAAUGGUUUGUGUGUCGAUUUCAGCAUGAACUCGAGAGGCACUAUAACUUUAAAUUCCAGGGCAGACGAGAGAUUCCUCAUCAGUGGAAAACAGUCUCUAAAUAUGAUGCCAUUAAAAGUCUGGGUGAAAUGUAUUGA